GCGCGCGCUGAUUGGUCAGACGCUUCUUUCAGAGUUCUGCUCAUAGACUGCUGGAGAUACAGGCGAACUGACUCCUGGAUCCCGAACCGAGCCCGAGUGCUCGCGCUUUCCGUGGAGCAUCUGCGUGGAACAUGGCGGAGCUGAGCGCAGUCCGACACGAACUUAGAACCAGAAAUCUGAGCGGUUCUUUUGAGGAGCCUCAGUGUAUGUCACCACAGAAAGAUGAGCAGCAGACACUGGCCGUGCCGUUCUGUGGCAGCAUCCGCGGAGGACUGAGACCGGGGAAGAAAAUCACGGUCAUGGGCGUCGUGAAUGCAGAUCCGGACAGGUUUGACAUCAGUCUGACGUGCGGCUGUGGGGACGUGGCUCUGGAUAUGUGCGUGCGGUUCGACGACCGGGAGGUUUCACGAAACGCCUGUGUUUCUGAAAGCUGGGGCGAGGAGGAGAGGUCAAUACCGUACUUCCCCUUCAUCGCAGAGCAGCCUUUCAGGGUUGAGAUUCACUGUGAUCACCCGCGCUUCCGCGUGCUCGUGGACGGCCAUCAGCUCUUUGACUUCUACCACCGCGUGACGCCGCUGACGGCCAUCGACACCAUCCAGAUCAGCGGCAGUCUGACCAUCACCAAGCUCAACUGAAGACUCCUCGAGUCUGUUCUGGGUGCUAAAGACUGUCUGUGAUGCUGAAGGACGCUCCACAAUCAUCUAGAACUGAUGCACUUCGAGCUAUAAGGAGACAUUCGUUUUGAUGAGCAUCACAAGUCUCAGUAGCAUUUUAGCAGAAGUCAACAUGAAAUGCCAUUCGCAUCCGAUUUAGUUAGUUUUUUCUGAGUGCAAAGGGAUAUUCAAAUAGGCUGGGACUUGAUUUUGAUGAAUAUCUGUAGUCCAUCUCAUAAGUUCACAUCAUCCUGGACUCAACUGGACUUUCCAUUGGCUUUUGGAUUAUUGCAGAAAAAAAGCUCUGUGACUAAGAUUUUUACUCAUUUUGUUAAUCUUCACAAUCAAUUUUGAAUCCUGAACACAAUCACCAAAAGUAAAAAAGAAAUGUAAACAAAUUACGAGAUCGUGUAACUUCAACAUCACCAUCAGCUUAUUUAAAAACUGAACUGAACGUUUUUUCGCUGAACGUUUGAGUUUGAAUAGUGCACGAGCAUGAUUAUAAUCACAAUGAGGCCGUGACAGCGCCUAGUGAGUAGAUGAGUUGAACCUCUGCGGUUAAAUGUGUUACUUGUUAGCAAUUGUGAUAAAAUGUGAAAAUAUUGUGAGCUUGUGUUCACCACAGAGAUUAUUUCAGGAACUUAACCCAAAACCCAUUCAGAAAACCAGCCCGGGACUUCAGUGCUGAAAUGCCACUUUCAACAUUUCAUAGUUUUGGACUACAGAAAUAGUAAAUUAUAUAUUAUUAUUUAUAAUAAAUUAAUUUCAAAGGUAAAACACAAAAUAUUGAUAUAUUAAAAUAAAUGUAUGUAAAUAUAUUUAUAUGUAAAAUGUUACAUAUAUGAAAAAAUCUUAUUAAAUAUAAGACCAAGAGCAUGCAUUCAGAAAGUAAAGGGGUCCAUCUGCAUUCCGUGUUGACUUUAUGGCAUUAAAGUGGAGAUGACAAAUGUAAGAUGAAUGUUGCAUGAGGCCAGAUACAGAUGCUGAACUAAUAAUGUAAAGAUUCAGUGAAUAGUGAUAUAUGAACGUACUGCCUGAAUGUGUAACUCUACAGCUAAUGUACUCCGGUGGAAACCCCAAAGAGGUUUGUUUAUUUCCUAAAUACGUGAAUAGAACAUAAAAAUUACAUCAAUAGUGAUCUUAACACUGUAUUUGCACUGACAAGCAGUUAAACACACUGUUGAGCCGCUGAUGCUGUGAACUUCAUUUAGGUGCUUUGGUUACUUGAGACCAGCAGAAAUCAGGGGUAAAAAUCAUUGCAUUCCAGUGCUUUCUGUGUAUUUAUUGUCUCUGAGCACACGGUGUGUCACAUCAGCCUCUUGAUUGUACACACAUUGUUUCUAAUUAAUAAAGGCUUCUAAUGAAUGAAA